GAGGGAGGAACGGGCAACCGAAGUAAACCAGGAAACCGAGGCUAAAGCGACUAACCGCCCGAUACCAGAGCUAAACAAGUGCUUUUACCACGACCUGACUGCAUAUACUUUUAUAUUCAUCCACUAGGUUUACAUUAAAUAGCGCCAUGGCUUCACUUUUUAAGAAGAAGACGGUAGACGAUGUUAUAAAGGAGCAGUCGAAGGAGUUGCGUGGCACUCAGCGACAGAUCACCAGAGAUAGAACAGCGCUGGAGAGGCAGGAGAAACAACUGGAGGCGGAGAUUAAGAAAAUGGCAAAGACAGGUAAUCGAGAGGCCUGUAAGAUCCUGGCCAAGCAGCUGGUCCAGUUGAGGAAACAGAAAAACCGCACGUACGCUGUCAGCUCCAAAGUGACGUCUAUGUCCACGCAAACCAAACUCAUGAACUCCCAGAUGAAGAUGGCUGGAGCUAUGUCCUCCACAGCGAAGACAAUGCAGGCGGUGAACAAAAAGAUGGAUCCACAGAAGACGCUGAAGACGAUGCAGGACUUCCAGAAGGAGAACAUGAAGAUGGGCAUGGCAGAGGAAAUGAUCAAUGACACUUUGGACGAGGUCUUUGAUGACUCCGGAGACGAGGAAGAGAGCCAGGGUAUUGUGGACCAGGUUCUAGAUGAAAUCGGCAUUGAGAUCUCAGGAAAGAUGGCACGUACUCCAGCUGCAGGAAAGGGCGUCCCGAGCGCUGCGUCUUCUUCCAAAAACACAAUUUCAGACGAGGAGAUCGAAAGGCACCUCCGAGCUCUGGGAGUCGACUAAUGACACCCAUUCACUGUCUUCAUUACAUAGACAUUAAGAUGCAUUCAAACAGACUGUGUGAGACGCUCCUGAUUUGGUACAGGUUUAAGACAGGUGCAGCAUAAUUACAUUAUACACUAAGGCAUGCCGACUUUUAUGAUAUUAGACACACUUGGCUGCUUUACAUAAUAUGGGCUAACUUAUUCUCGCAAAAACAUAUUUAUAUUGUAAUGAAAGUCAAAAGUUUUGUUCAGGGGUAAAUGCUUCUUCCAUGUCUAAGACUAGCUACAAUCUACUGAUGCAAAUAUUCUUUUUUAGUUGAAAUAUGGACCGUGUCUCAAAAUUGCCUUAAAGAAGCACUAUGUAACUAUAUGGUAGGUCCGCUACCUGCUUGUUCCCAGGAGAUGUUAUUGCUUUGCCUGGAAUGCUCCAUAGCAUGGUAUUGUUUAUUUAUUCAUGUUUUUGCUCAAAAGUCCAUGCAUUCUUAUUGUGAGCGAGAACGUCUAUCCACAGAUGUGACCGACAAUUGGCGUGUGGGCGUCACAUUCCCACCAUGGAGAUGAAUACAUUUAAUACAUACAUUGUAGACAAAGCAAUAGGCUCUCCAGACAAUAGGUGGCAGAACCUCCAAGUUACAUUGCAACACUAUAAUGGAAAUAAUUACUCCACCCAGGUAUAUAACGGCAUUUAUAUAAGAGAACAAUAUAAGUAAAAUGCCUCAUUGGAUAUUUACACUUGAUACACUUUGGACUUAUUCAUACCGAACAUUUGUCGAUUUGGAAACUGGAAGAGCCUGAGGGUUGACAAGAGUUUGACCCUAAGAAUCCUAAACCACCUACACUGUUGUUUACCGCCAUCUCUCAUUAAAGGGCUACUGUGUCUGUAUAUCAGAUUAUGUUAUAUAUAUAUUCUGUGUCUGCAAAACUGAAGAUCCACUUUUACCACGGUAAUACACAGUGAGUUGGAGAUUUGUGCAUGGUAAACAAAAUGCCUAAGGUUUAAAGCAGAUGAGAGCGGCACAAUAUGUUCUUGCUUUAAGGCAAACUGGUCUGAUGACUUGCAUUGUCUCGGGUUAUUGGGUGCUGUAUAGGAUCCAAGAAAACAUGAACGCAACAAAUACACUAGAAGGCAUUUACCAGAAAGUGGCUGUACCAUUCAGUUUCAACAAUGAAAUGGGUACUUGAGCAUAGGAAUGUUAGGUCUCAGUUAUAGGUUUGGUCCUGGUUCGGUUUUUAGUCCUGGUCUAGUUACAUUAAGUCCAAGUUUAGUCCCAAUUUUGAUGAGUGUGUGUUUGUGUGAAUGAACCUUAACAAUAUAUAUAAGUAUAGUUGGUUCUGAUUUUUGUACUUCUGUAGUUAAACCCUGUACAGAUUGUAUGUAAAUGACCAAAAUUAGGACUAUUGCAAUACUGUCCUAUUUCAGUCUUUUACUACUGAAGAAUCUUUUUUUUUUUUUUUCUUUUGGGUUGGUGUGUGUCUUUGUGGUUAUUUUCUUAGACAUGGGAUUUACACGGGGAUUGUGGGAUGUCCAGCAGUCCCUUUGCUAUUUCAGCUGCUGUGCAGUUACCGGCAAUUGUUUUUUUUAGCUGCCUCAUUCGAUACAUACACACACACACUCUCAUUGGAGUGUUUUUGCUUAAUGGGCACUGUGAUCUGGAAUAUUGUCCUUAGAUUGGAAUUUUAAUCUGCCUUUUCAAUAAUUUAAAUUAACUUAUCAGAUAUGAUUUUCCUUUAUGGUAAUAUCUAAAAUACACAAAUUAGGUAUAAUAUUAUGACCAUCGGCUAGUAUAUAAUGGUAAAUUGGCAAACAAUUCCUUAACUAAAUUCUGGAAUAACCUAUUUUCCUUUGGAUGGUACACAAUAAUUUUAUUCUUUGACCUCUUUAAAAGGUCCAGUUCGAUAACCAUUGCAAUGUAUUCCCUGUCAACUAACCCUAUUCUUCUAACACACCAUCUUAAUAGACCAACUGCUUGUCCCAUUGCAAUUUGACUUCCCUUGUCAGUGGUCAAAAUAUUAUAUCCAUCAAGAGUACACUGGCAUGUCCUAGGUGUACAAUACCCAUGAACGACUGUAAACAGGUUUUUCAUUGUCUAAGCUUCGUCACUGAGAAACACUGUAAAGGGGAGUGGCUUUUAUAGGAAAUAAAGUUGAUUCAGGUACUUUUCU